AUGUACAAUUAUUCCUGCUCGUAUAUUAUUUUUCGGAAAUCGUUCACACAUCAGUUUAUUAUAUUUGCUAAAUAUCUUGGUGGUAUACCGGUACCUGGUCGUUCGGUACCACCUAUGCGAAUUUUUGAACUUUACGCUAAAUCUUGCACACCAAAUGAUCGAACAUCAGCGAUUACUGAACAACUGAGCAAUUUAUUACGAAGUUUGGAUGCAAACGAUAUUGCAAAUAAUUUAUAUAAUUCAUUAUACAUGGCCGUCGGUGAUAUUAAUGUUACAAAAUUGAUGGGUAAAUGGUUUGUGGUGGUUGAUACACCAAGCAUUCAUCAUGAAUAUUGUCCAAUAUUUUAUUUUGAAUUAUUGGAUAAAACCCCUUAUACGGCAAUAUUUACGGUGCGGCAAUAUUCGCGAAAUACGGAAAAGAUUAAGAUUUUGGAAGGAUAUGGAAGAAAGAUGGGAACAGAUCCAGCAGAAUUACUCAUUAAUAUUGGCCAUCCGGCUGAUCCAUGUCCAUAUUCAAUAGCACGUAGUGGACCAAUUAAUGUUAACGAACAAUAUGAUUAUAUCAUUCUAAUUCAACCACUGAAAUAUCCAAUUAUGGUCCUCGCACGUGAUCCGGUUGAUUUUGAUAACAAAUAUAAAGAAGAGGUCAAAAUUUUCUUGGAAAAUCAACAUUUUUGGCAUUCUGCGUUUUCACUCAAAAAUACUACCCUUUUUCUUAACACAACGGAUUGCUUUCGGACAAAUCAGUAUAAUCUCGGAUUUGAUUCAUAA